AUGCCACAGGGAAAAUUCAAAAAUAAAUCACAAGUUUCUUUUUCUAAGAAAAAGAGGAACGAACCAAAUAAAAGUAGAAAAGCAUGUCCAAUGCCUUCAAAAAAACACAAGUAUGAAGAAGGUCAGCGGAUUAAACGUAUGAUAAGUAAAAAUGUUAACAAAAUGGCUGAAGACGAUUUAAGAUCAUUGGCUAUGGAUAACAAGAAAGUGUUUCUUUCGAAGAAGAAGAAGCAAGUUGCGCAAACAGUUAAAGCUGCAGACCCUAAACCUAAACAAAUCAAGGUUACACAAAAAUAA